AUGGCAUCACUAAGUUAAAAUUACUAGACGAAGCAUAUAAUAGUAUAAGCUUAAGAAAAAAUAACAUAAAGAGUUUAAUAGAUGAAUAACGAGGAUCAAACUCAAUAUAUAUAAAUUCAAAUCAAAAAUAUGAAUUUACUUGAAUUGAAAUUUAUUAAUCUUUUGUUUUUUAGGUUUUUGAACAUUUUACUAAUUGUUGAUUAUUAAUUUUUUUAAAAUCGGGAAAGAAUUUUUCUUUACAAAGAUUAUUUUGAAUUCAUAAAGUUAUUUUAGCAGUUAAUUACUUAGAUAAUUGAGUUUUUGAUAGACUUCCUCUCAAAAUCAGAAUGUUUUUCAAAAAACUUUUAGGUUUUUCAACUGAAUUUUCGAUAUUUUUUGGAAAAAGGAUAGAAUAAAGAAAAAUAUUUUCGAAGACUUUAGUUUAACAUAAUUAGUUAGACGAAUCGAUUGCAAAAAGAAUACCAUUACAAUAAGCUUUAAGUAAAUUUAGAAAUAUCCAUAGCACAUGCGAGCGAGAGAAGAAAUUAUUAUUGGCCUUUAAUUCAAUAUAAUAAUUGUAUUACUAUAAAGGAAUGAUGUUCCUUUCUUGAAUUGAGUAUGAUUUUAUAAACUGCAAUAAAAAGGAAACUAAUUUAGGAACUCUGAAAGAUUUCUGACUAAUGCUUCGUUAAUUUGAUAUCAGAUUUAGAUAAAGUCAUUUAAUAAAAUUCCUUUGAAUCAACUAUUUAAUUUCUCUUAAAAAUAAAUGGAAAUCUUGAUUAGAGGGAUUAUUUAAAGGGUCCUUAUCAAAACUUAUUGCAAAAUCUAUUUUAUAUUCAAAAUUUUCAUACUAGCUAUAACAUCAAUCAUUCUUUAGUUAAAUAUUUUGAAAGACCGGAUAAUUUUUUUUAGGUAUUAAAUGAUUAAUAUAUAGUUUUCAAAACUUAACGAAAAUAAAAUUAAUAAGAAAUAGUGUAAUUAGAAAUAAAUAGGGAAAUUGAUUUUUAAAAAAAGUUUCAUAAAUGCAUUUAUCUGGCCAAUGGACUUGCUUAUUUAAGGGUAUUUAAAUAAACAUUUUUCUUCAUGAGAAAAUACUAUUGUAAUCUUUCGAAAAAAAUUUGA